CAAAGAUGGCCCCCUCCUACUGGGUGUGAGAGGACCGACAGCUGACAAAGGAAACAAAUCUGUCCAGAAAGGACGGCAGCGAUUCAUAGCGAUUUGCUGCACACGUCCGCUCAAACAACGCUGCGCUUGUAUGCAAGGGAAAGUUACCUUCCAAAUGAUGAAGCCUGUAAGAGAGAGGAAGUGACAGAAGAAGGCCUUCAUUGCUGCACACCAUCUGUUCAGAUCAACCCUCCUCCCUCUCUGUGAGCACCCACCCUCCAGCCAUGCAAAUCAACCCGGUGCACGUGGAGUCCACUGUAGUUUUGGCAGUGGUACUAUGUGUCCACAUGGCGGUCUGGAACCAGCACUCCUGGUGCAGCAUAGCCCUGGUGAUCCAGGCUUUCUACGUGCAGCAUAAAUGGGACCGUCUGCUCAGGUCUGGGGGUGCUGUGUUCCAGUUUCGCCCCUCAGCGAACAGCGGCAUCGUUCCGGCCUCUAUGGUAAUGCCUUUGUUGGGCCUGGCACUGAGAGAAAAGUGCUCUGCCUCAGGGAAUGUCUACUUUGAGCGCUUCUCCAUGGUGAUCACCAUCACAGGCAUGAUGCUAGCCCUUUUCCUCUCCCUGAUUGCACUGGGCAUCACAAGACCUGUUCCCACCAACACUUGUGUGAUUGCAGGAAUGGCCGGCAGCGCAAUUCUCUACACCACAAAGCAGACCCUGACUGUGUCUGAGGUCAUAGAGGUCUUGGAGGUGCUGCUGAUCUUUGUCUAUCUCAGCCUGAUUGUGCUUUAUCUGCUGCCGCGCUGCUUCACGCCCGGAGAGGCACUCCUCAUUGUCGGUGGGAUCAGCUUCAUCGUGAACCAACUCAUCAAGCGCUCCCUGAACCUGGCAGAGGUCAAAGGUGACCCGGUGAACUAUUUCCUCCCGGUGUUAGUGGUGGGCUCGUUGCUGCUGGGCGUUUUCUUCGCCCUGCUCUUUUGUUUCAUGGAGUCUGAGAGCUGGGGGUCAUCACUCUUCUUUCACAUGAUGACAGCCGUUCUGGGUCUGGGGAUCUUGAUGCCCUGGCUGUCCUUGUUCAUCGGUCGCCACCCCCUCAUGUGGUUGUUGGACUUCAUCACGCUGAAUGACAGGAGACUCUGCCUGCUGGCGUACUGGGUGUUUCUGUCUGUCGUGGCCAGUUGCGUUGUGCUACAUCAGAGCUAUCAGCGCCAGUCGGGUUCCAAGAAGCACCAGGCGUCGACCAUCGUCAGGAAGUAUUUCCAUCUGAUUGUAGUGGCUACCUACAUUCCAGGGUUGAUCUACGACAGGCAGCUGCUCCACGUGGCAUCUGUGGGUUGCCUGGCGGUUUUCUUGUUCUUGGAGUAUGUGCGUUACUUUCGAAUCAGGCCUGUCGGUCAGCUGCUCAGGCAGUUGCUCACUCUGUUCCUGGACGAGCGGGACUCUGGGCCUCUCAUCCUCACCCACAUUUACCUGCUGCUGGGGAUGUCUUUGCCCAUUUGGCUGUUUCCUGGACCCUGUGCCCCUAAGGGGAUACUUCCAGGGGCGGGUGGCCUGGUGCCCUACGCAGGUGUGCUCGCGGUGGGAGUUGGAGACACUGUGGCCUCUGUGUUCGGCAGUACCAUGGGGGAGAUCCAUUGGCCUGGCACCAAGAAAACCUUAGAGGGGACCGCGACAUCUGUGUUCGCCCAGAUCAUCGCCGUGGCCAUGUUUCUCAUCUUUGACAGCAGCAUCAAUCUGAACACCACCUACUCAUGGAUUGUUGGCUCCAUCACUCUGGUGGCCAUGUUGGAAGCCUACACCUCCCAAAUAGACAACCUGCUGCUCCCACUCUACCUCUUCAUCCUCCUGUUACUUUGAAUGGACCGAUCAUACAAACAAGCAGAUCCACUGCCUGUUUCUCAGCCAUUUCUGGUGGUGAACUUGGGACAAAAAAAGCUGUCUUUCGUAGUCUGUGGACAUGAUCACAAACUGUAGUUAUUUUUGACUAGCACAAGGCGAUCGAAAGCAGUCAAAUUAACCGACCAGGGUAUCGACAAACCUUUACAUGCGACAGUGUUGGCAUGACAGUCUGUUGUCUUUAGAUCAUUUUCAGUAUCCUUUGCAAUGACCAAUGGAACAUUUUAGAUCAAGUCUGAGCCUCGCGACAGAGGUGGCGUAUGUUUUCUCUGCCACUGACACCAACAGCUCCUAAAUUAUGCAACGGGAGACUCAGUUUAGCAGAGUGUGGAGGAGAAAAAAAAGUGUUUCUUAAAUAGAAAUCCUGGACACGUUUUUAUAAUCGGCAAGAAAUACACAAAUGUCCUGUCGUUUUUGUUUCAUUAACAGAUACAUGCCUUGUAUUGCCUUUCGAAGAACAUAAUUUAAAGUUAACUUAUUGAUAUGUCUUUUAAUCAACUUUCUCACGUCUAGGCUAUUAUUUUUGCCUCCCUGAUGGCAAUAUGAAGAAGUUUCUUCUGAAAAUACUUGCCUUAAGAAGUAUAUUUUCUAUCACACACAACCUACCAUAGUAGAAGCUGUACACGCUAGCAUGGCUGCCCAUUUCAACUCUUAUUUAAAGGGCUGAUUUAUACUUAUAUAUGGUAGAAACACACUAUGCUCCUGCAUGAGACUGAUGUGAUAAUGCAGCACUGUAACGUGUAUGCCGGUUAUCCUACCGCAUAUAUUUUUGUCAGAUAAAUCAACUUUGCUUAGCAGUUUGUGGUUUAAUGGGACCCUGCACCCCUUCAAUAUCUACAUUUCCUUGUAAUACUGAGCCUUUAGUGUUUUGUUUUUUUGGGCUUUGUAGAUAUGCUUUUGGGCCACACCCAUGCAUACAGGCCUUUACGUUUUGGCAACUUUUACAGCAAGAUUUACUUCUAAAUUAUUGCAUAUUUCAGAACAUCUGAGAACAAACAAAGCUUUUUUUGUUUUGGGGGGAUUUUGGUUUGUUUUGUUUUUUUUGAGGAUUGAGAUGUAGGACCUUUGUGAGCGACUGUACUUUAACAACACAAAGAUUAUCCUUUUGCUUUUUCACUUUGAUUUGUGACACUAACACAAGAAGUUUGAAUGCUGCGCUUGAUAAUUACACGUACAUAAAGCUUUGUCUUUUUCAUUUUAAGUUAGGUCUUAAAAUGAACAUACUUGAAAGCAGAGAUGCUCGCGGUUGUCUGUAAAUGGAGGAAUUCAUUGUCUUAUUUGGGCACAAAUCAUUUAAAAAGAUCUUGCACAAGAAUAAAGCUGUUGACAAUGCUGAUGAGGAAAUGCUUAAUAAAGGUGGGUGGAAAUGUCA